CAGGGUCUAGAGUUGUUAGUCGGGUUAGGUCUCAGCUCCAUUGAGACACCCGCUGCCUGAUUUGCACCGCUUUGGUUAACCUUCAUCGGAACGAAGCCCUACCCGCACCCGGCUCCUUUCCAUGCGAAAAUCCCUAAUCGCCGUGCUCUUGAAGCCAUUCCACCAUAUUUCAAGAUCGAUGUUUCCGUUGGAUAUCUCAAAUAAGAAGAUAUUAUUGUAGGUAAGAUCCGCGAUGGGGCUUUCACGAGGAUGGAGGAGCCGCUAUCUCUUCUUUGUCCCUCUCAUUCUCUUCCUCCCCCUCAUCUUCUCAGGUGAGAUAAAUCGUUGCUACUCUUCUCAUUCAAACCACUCCUCUCAAAUCCUUGAGAAAGAUCCAACCCUCUGUUUUUGCUGUUCUUUAUUUUCUUUCACCUCCUCAGUGUCGAGGUUGCAUCAGAAUUCGAUCCCACAGCAAGAGUCGACAAGGAGGCCUUCCAAGAAAUCGGAUCAUCUGGUCCUUGGCCCCGCCGCCGGCCUGGGCUUGCCCAAUCGCCUCCAGUGCCAAGGCCUUAAAGCUAUGAAUAAGAUCCAUAUGAGAAGGACGGGCCAGAAUCUCCAAUCCAGUGACUUUGUUUCUUUUGUAACUGUAUACACUAUCUACAACAGUUCUUUAAAACUGGACUCUACACGCACGGAUGUUGUGAAUGUUGGAAACAUUUCAUACAGUAAAGCAGAACGGUCCAUGGCCAUCCUUAACACGUUCAUCAACUUUGUACAGGUUUCAAUGCCAAGCAGCAGUGUUAUCAUAUUGACAGACCCUGCUUCUGAAUUUUCAGUAAACAGAAAUAAUGCAGCAGUAGUACCUAUUCAAGGAGACUAUUCUCGAGGGAAGUUGAUGCUCCAGAGAAUCAGAUCCUACAUUGCAUUUCUGGAAACAAGGUUUGCAGAGCAUUUGGAGAAGCUGAACAGUUUUAAUCAUUAUGUUUUUACUGAUUCUGAUAUUGCAGUGGUGGAUGAUAUUGGACAUAUAUUCCAGAGAUAUCCUCGAUUUCAUGUUGCUCUUACCUUUCGUAACAAUAAAGAUCAACCAUUAAACUCUGGUUUCAUUGCAGUGAGAGGCACUCCAGAUGGAAUUUAUAAGGCAAAGGCCUUUCUACAAGAAGUCCUGGACGUGUACAGCUCAAAAUAUAUGAAUGCCUCCCGUAUGCUUGGUGAUCAGUUAGCCCUUGCAUGGGUUGUUAAAUCCCAUCUUCCAUUUUCUGCAAAGAAAUUUGCCAGGCAUGAGGCCUUUUUGGGUGAAAUAAAUGGAGCAUCAGUGCUCUUUUUACCUUGUGCUGUUUACAACUGGACCCCGCCCGAGGGAGCUGGGCAGUUUCAUGGCAUGCCUUUGGAUGUACAAAUUGUACACUUUAAGGGAUCGAGGAAACGAUUGAUGUUGGAAUCUUGGAACUUCUUCAACUCAACCUCCAACAUGGCUGAUAUGUUGUGCCUUAUCUUAAAGAGUGGGAGAACAAAAUAUGACUUUUGAAAUGCAAGCUGCCCUCACUCCUUUAUGCUACUCUCGACUCAUAAUUCAUUAAAUUUGGUAGAAUUUAAUGCUGUCCUUUCUGACCAAGUGUGCAAUCAUUAAGGGUAGCUGCUAAUCCAAUUCCAAAGACAGGUUGACUUCGUCCGCAUCUUUUGGCAUGUUGCUUUUUCAAAGUUCAGUGUUGCAAGGGGGAAAAAAAAGUUCAGUGGGGAUCAUAUGUGCAUGUAACCAUUGUGGCUGUCAUCAGCUUGGACUAUUGGGGUUGGUUCUAUGGUUUCUUUACUAGCGAUGAUGGCAAGCAACUAUUUUGAUGGUUAGAUUGAAUGUGUAAUCGCGUACUAGGGACAUGUCAUUGAAGCGAGGGACUUGCGAUUUGUAUUAUUACGGAAUGAGGCUCUUCCUGACUUGGCGGUUUAUUUUGUCAGUGGUGUAAGGCUACGAUGAUAUCUGCAGUAGCCACAGCUUGGGAAGGUGAUUCUGGAUCAAAUUCUCUUUUCUUUUCCCUCCAUUAGCACCUUCCUAUAGUUUUUUUUCCUUUUUGAUGAUCGUAAAGUUUAUAUCUCAAUGGUUAUCAGUUACUCUUGUUUCGGUAGAUAAGAAAUUAAAUGAUUAGGUUUGAUAAGGUGCGCAGGAGCUUCUAUGGCUGCUAAAGGUAGGUCUUGUAGAGAUUUAACUUUUGUAGUAUGAUUUCUUCUUGUUUGGAUUGCUUGUCCGCAUAAAGACUCAAUUUUUAUGUUCACGUAGUGCAUGUGAUCUUGUUAAGGUCAAGGGCAAGUUUUAAACGGUCUGCUUUAUAUGAUAUGCGCUCCUCCCGUUGAUUUA